CACUUUACAAGCGAAACCCAUAAAGUUCUUCAGAAUUUUCAAACGACGCACAACGCACUAACGACCGUUACGAAAAGGAAUUGGCGGGAAAGGAUCGCGUAUUGCGCAGUUGCGCGGUAUUCGAAAACCUGUUGCAUAGUUCGACGACCCGAUAGUAAUUUGUUAAACAGUGCUUAUUAGGGCGCCACCAUCGGCGAUCAGAAAAUUUGAAAACGCGUAAUCAUAGUAACAUCAGUAUUUUCACGGUGCGUGCACCGUUCGGAAGUGGUAAAGUUUUUAAUGCUUCCUGGCGAACGUAAGGUGUUUGGAAAUUCGUGAAGUGCGGGCUGUCGGUAGUAAAACUUCUAAAUAAAGCGUGGAGGCCACGAAUGCAUUCAGGAAAUGCAACAUAGCCUAAGUAUUACUUGUGGAUAACUCGUAUUAGUGUACGGGAGGGACGCAAGAGAAACUGAUUGGCAGAUUACGUUUUAUAACUAGCGGGAAUGGUCCGUCAAUCAAGAUCGGCAAUUUUCAAAUUUUGCCUGCAGCUAGUAGUUUCAGUGGAAAUUGCUUACCGGCACUGAAAGGGUCAACGCGAUUUUAUCGUUUCAUUGGAAGCAACCGUGAAAUUGUUCGUGUAACAUUUACGCAAAUGUCAUAGUGUUAAAGCUUAUUUGGAAUAAAGUUAAAGAAUCUUGGAGAUCUGGUUAUCAGAAAAGAUUACAAUUCUAUUUUCAUCGUAUUUCUCAGAUACCUUGAGAAAUCGAAUGAAGCGGAGGUGUCGCGAAGAAGAAGUACUGUCAGAGAGGAAAUCGAUCUUGAAUAGAAGGACAGGGUCGUUCAAUAAGUCUGUUUUCGACGCCACGAAGAACAGAGACGAGCUUUAAUAUAAACUCUACGGAACAGCUUACAGGCAAUUUGAAAAAUAUUACUCUCAGAAAGAAUAUCUGCCCUUUUCUCUUGAAUUGGAACAUUUUAAUAUACGAUGAAUAGCUAUGCUGUGCAAAGUUGAAGCAAAUAGAAUUGUAUGAAAAUAGAGAAAUUAAAAUUAAAAUAAAUAAAGAAAAGCAAAGGCAAAGAAAAUAAGAAGAAAACUGAACCCAGUAGAGAGGAACAACAAAUAAAUCAUAAAAAACAUCGUGGAACUCGUAAGAAUAAACUGAGAAACGAGUAGGAAAUCUCGGGAAAAGGGGAAAACAUCCAGCGAAUGGGGAAAAUGUAAGAACAGAGCAGAAACAAACUGAAAAUGAAUGACUUGUAAUAAAGUCCAGAAGAGCAGCAAAUAAAGUAUAAAAAGGAAUAAAAGAACAUGAAUAAAGCACUCGUGAACAGGGUUAGAAAGUAAGAAAAGGAAUCAGCUAAUGAAGGUCACAGAAUAAUAAGAACCUGAAAAUGAUUAAAUAAGCCUCAUAAACUUGAAGAAAGGCAAGAUAAAAAAUUAUCAAAACCCAGGCUGGAUCGAAAAGAAUUGAAAAAAGAAAGGAGAAGGAUCAACAGGGAAAGACCACCAUUAGAAACAUCCAGAACCACGAAGGAUAACAAGGUGACAGUAGAUGAAGAAGAUGAAGUAGAGAAGAAGGAGUUGAAUGAAGUACAGGUGAGAGGAGAAGGCACCGAGACAGAGGAGACGAGAGGACGAUGGUGGCGCAUGCUCCUGUAUUCGUUGUGCACGCAUCGUAGGCCAGGCAGUUGCCCUCGUCGGCUCCAGGUACACGCUAAAAUCCAUAUCGGUGCUGUGUACCGUCUCCUACGGCCGUUGACAGACACCGGGAGGGUGUCUCGUCAGGACAUCUGGCCGAGGUUAUCGCGAGGAGUCCCCUGUUCGCCACGCAUCUUCCUCGAGGUUUUCGCGCCGAUUCUCUCAGGGAAGGUACCCUUACAGUUUGGAGCACGUGCCGCUGCCAGUCGCGUGUCACUGCUCGCCGGUAGACAAGCUACUCUCCGCUUGAUUUCCGUUCCAUUCGGCCUCUUCAGCUCGUCAUCCCGAGGCGGAAAUGCAAUUAGCAGUCCGCGUCUCGCUCGAGGCUGAAUAAACGGCUCGAAGCAAUCAUUUAAAGAGGAUGCUUUCGAAGUUGAACCCGAAAGGUUCGUACGAAGGUGCCGAAGAAUUAUAUUGAACCUCGAAGAAUUCGAGUCAAGUUCGUAGACGCGGAUAAUCGUAGAAUUGAAAGUUCUCGAAAACGUGGCAAAUUAGAAAUUUCAGCACGACGAGAGCGUCGGGCCAAGUUCGAUCACAGUUAACGCGAUGCGGAUGAAUCUCAAAGCGAGAUUGGUUUAAAGUUUUCGAACUCGUUUACGAAGCUAUCAACGAUCGAUUAUAAAGGCCUCGGUUGCCGCGCGUACCGUAGAAAAUCGGAAACGAUAGCUCCGGUGUCGACGUACCGUCUGAUAAAGAGAACUUGAAAUCGGAGCCGGAUUCGGCUGCUCAAACUUCCUGACAGGCCUCGAAUCGUCAUUCGAUGAAGAGAUUGUAGCCGUCAGUUUCCUUUGUUCGACGCGAUGCCAGUUCUCUGACAAUGGAGGAGAAACUUCUGACUGUUCCAAGUGUUUGCGUUUAAAUCGACGGAUCUCGCGAAGAACGAUUUCAACACAACCAUCAUCGAGCCAUCAAUGAAUGAUACAGUGUUACAUUAACAAGAAAAGAAUCGAGGAAGAAGAUAAAUCGUCUUGUACGAUGGAACUUUGAUGAUUUUCAAUCGUCUCUUUUAUCUAUGUUACUGGAAAUUGCACGACCACUUUGACCCGAGUCUAACGAACUUGACGAACAGAGGGUCAAAGAAAUUUCCUGCAAGGUACUUCCGAUGAAAUCUUCCUAUCGGAUCAGAAGACAUCAAAGGGCAGCCUCGAGUCGCAAUAUCGUUGGUGAACGGAAUCCUUCGAGUGGAAUUCAAUGAACCAGUAAACGGUCAUUCAACAGGCGACACAGAACGAUCCGAAAAUUUGAAGAAUUCAUCAGGGACCAGUUUUCAAGGAGCCGUAUCGAUUGAUAAUAGAGGGCAAGUAAAUCUCACGUCCAAGGAUUAAGCAUUCGCUGGGGUUCUCUCGUUAAUAUCGUCGCCUUUAGGGUGAAGGGUAACGUACAAGUGAAAGGAGAGAAAGGAGUCUUGGAGGAUUAACCAGACCUUCUUUAACGGUAAAGGAUCUUAGAGGAUCAGCAACAUUAGUUUGGAGAAUCCAACGGUCGUACGAGGAUAUACCUUUGCUCUUGGUAAGAGUAGAGAAUAAUUGCGUGUCAGGUAUCGGUGAAAAAUAGAGUCGUUUGUGCUCUUCUGUCUGAAAAGGAUGUCUCCCUUCUCGCUAAUCGACGAUUGUUUUUCACGAAAAUUUCCUGCUUUCAUUUCUCAACGUUGAUAAAUUAUUUUAAGAGAAGAAUAGAAAAUUUUAAGGAUUUUUCCAUUGAUAAAAGAUUCAAAGGAUAAUAGUAAUAAUACAUAGUGCGUUAAAUAAUUCAGAAAUAUUUCAAAGAGGAAAUAUAAGAAUACAAGAAGGGUCUGUAUUGGAAGAUUUUGAUUUCGCUUCGGGCAUCGUACGAAAACAAACAGAGACCGUUCGAGCGACGAACUCGAGCCAGCGAUAAGCCGGAAAGACGCUUCGCCCUCAGUCGAACAUGGACUGGCAACAGAACGACACCGUCCUAGAUACCAGUAAUUACGUGUUGAACGCCUUGCACUAUAUUAACAAAUUGAACGAAUCGUUGAACACCGAAGCUGCCAAGUGUCUGGAGCACAAGCAUCAGGAGGAAUUGCAGUUUCUCUCGGUCGGAAAACAUCCAGAUGAACAGCCAGGAUGCGAGAUUAACUGGGAUUCUUUGCUCUGCUGGCCGAGAACUCCUCCCGGAACGGUGGCCACGCUACCCUGUCUCGAAGAGCUGAAUGGUAUCCGGUACGACAGCACGCAAAACGCGAGCCGCUUGUGCAGGCUGGACGGUAUCUGGAGUAACUAUACUAACUAUACCCUCUGCCGUGAUCUUCAGGAACCGGAUAUCGAAGGAAGCGUAGAAAUCAUUUCGACAAAGAUUUAUUUCGUCGGAUAUAGCAUCUCUUUGCUCACCCUCGUCAUUGCUGUGUCCAUUUUUCUUUAUUGCAAAGAGCUGAGGUGCAUUAGAAACAACAUCCACACGAACCUGAUGUUCACCUACAUUCUGACUGACUUUAUGUGGAUUUUAAACCAUGUGAUGCAGGUCUCCAUGCAACCGGAUGUACCAACUUGCGUCGCGUUUUUGUCCCUCCUGAAUUAUUUCCAGUUGACAAAUUACUUCUGGAUGUUUGUGGAAGGAUUAUAUUUGUUCUUAUUGGUGGUGAAGACUUUCACUGGUGACAAUAUCAAGCUGCGACUGUGUCUCGUUAUAGGAUGGGGGAUGCCGGUGCUGUUCAUCGCCAUGUGGGGUAUCGCAAAAUCGCUCGAUCAAAGCAUUAUGAACCAGCCGAACCAGGAAGUAGCUCUGGGAAAACAUUGUCCAUGGAUGGUACCGCAUCCUUACGACUGGUUUUACCAAGCCCCGGCCAUUUUGGUGCUGUGCGCGAACGUGAUCUUCCUCUUCAUGAUAAUGUGGGUGCUGAUAACAAAAUUAUGGUCAGCGACGAACGCAGAGACUCAACAAUAUCGAAAAGCGAGCAAAGCUUUACUAGUUUUAAUACCAUUGUUGGGAGUGACUUAUGUGCUCGUCUUAACAGGACCUACCGAGGGUCAAGUUGCUAAUGUAUUCUCCUACACUCGUGCUGUAUUACUUUCUUCACAGGGCCUAUUUGUGGCGUUGUUUUACUGCUUCCUUAACACCGAAGUUCAAAACACAGUUAAGCACCACAUAGAACGAUGGACCACAGCUCGUGAUCUGGAUACCGAAAGAAGGUAUUAUAACAAUUGGUCCCCCCGUUCGAGAACAGAAAGUAUAAGAUUACAUUGCCCUCCGUCGAAUCCAUAUAGAAAAAGAGACUCGUCUGUAAGCGAGACGACGACCACCACCGUGAUAGGGUUCAAUUCCACCACCACGUUCCUAGACAAAUCGAAGAAGGCAAUUUCAGAGGAUCUUAACGAAUAAAUGUCUAGUCCUCUCGAAGAAUUGAAUUAGUACUUGGAAGUCAGGUAAUAACCUUGUAUAACACGGCAGUUCCUAUAGAAACUUUUAUUUUCUGUGCAAUUUAAAACCGUGUUGUAUGGGAAUGAUUUUAUUCUAACACUAAGGAAAGUGAAUCAAAGAACACAAUGCAGGGUUUAGAUUUAUUCUGAUCGAAGAAUUUUCAUGGCUGGAUAAAUUCUAUGAAAUUCUAUAUUUUAUAGAAAAUGCUACUAUAAAAUUAAUUAAAUUUUAAUUAUCCAGUUGUUGGUCGGAGAAAGUUAUCAUCGAGUCAAUUUGACAAUGAAUUUUAUUUUCCUAUGACAAGAUUUUAUUUUACAAAUGGAUUUAGACUAUUUAUUCAAAAUAUAUUUAUAUAGCAAAUCGCUAUCGUAUUAUUUAAUACCGUCUGGUACGAAAAUAUCUCUUACGAAACUUUCGAAAAGAAAGAUUUAAUAUGUUUGAAAAUAUUUCUCUAAAAGGAGAAUAUCGUUCGCGAGGAAUGGUUGGUGAAAUUAAAAAAAAAGAAUCCUAAGAUGUACGGCAAUGCUUUUAACAUUUUAUUUUCAAUAACCAUUUAUAUUUAAAAAAAAAAAAGAAAAACGAUGUCCUCUUUCAUUCAUUAGUUCAUUCAUCCUUUAAUUCAUUCAUGCCUCGACAAUUUCGCUUUUCUUCCAUUCAAUUUAUUUUUCGUCCCCUUUUUUUUUUUUCUUUCAUUUCUCUCUCGCCCAAGAAACAAACGCGAACGCGUUCGUUACCGAAGAGAAGUAAAUUUUUCUCUUUAUUUUUUAAACUCUAUACGACAUCCCUCAAACUUCCACGAGCGGACUCCUGUAAAAAAGAAAAAAUCGUCAAAUGGUGUUUCGUAUCGAUGACCAAACGAGGGAACAUUUGUAUAUUAUAGAACUGUUUUAAACAGUCUAAUCAGAGCCCCCUUAAAUUUCAAAAUCAAGAAAAGAUAUCACGUUCGAAUUAGGAAUUGGAACUGGGUAAAAAUUGAUAAGCAAAAAUAUUACUUAUUUCAUUUAAUAUUGUCAUUUUACCCAGUUCCUUCCACAAUGAAAAAAAAAGAAUAUAUAUAUAUACAAUGGUGAAAGAUAAUUGUACUGUUUGAAAAAAUGUGUAAUAUUAAUUGAUGUGAAACUUAUAUUGAAUCUAUUCACUAUUGAUUUAUAUGUUUACUUAAUUGGUAAGUAAUUCUACAAAUGAUUUAAAAUAAUAAUAACUUCUCCAAACGAUAAGAAAAAUUGAAAUAAAAUUAACCACACACGUUAAUUACUAAACGUUAAUUAUAUUUGCCAAGUGCCAAGAUUCGUGAAAGAGAGAAUUUAUUAUUAUAAUAAACUGUUAAUUAUAGAGAUUUUUAUUCCGACUUAUUUGUAAGCGUGAAAGCUUUAUUGAGUAUCGAAAAUAUAUAUUGUAAAUAUAUGUAUAUUGUUUAACAAUCGGUUCUAUAAAAAUUUCGGCACAACAUUGCCCAAACAGAGUGUACAUAUCACUAGAAAUCUUCAUUUUCAACGUUCCAGUGAUAUCGUCAAGAGUAACUACUGUAUAAUUUUACAUGUAUCAAGAUUUAUAAAAUGUAUUACACAGAAUUAUACGUGUAUGAGUGUGCAAGUAUCUAUAAAGAAACAAUUACAGUGGUCGAAAGAGAAAAUUUCUAAUAAUGGACAAGAAUACUAUCGUCGGAGGUGUAUCAUAAUAAAAAGAGAAAGAAAUAAAAAAAUAAUAUUAUGCAUAGAAGUGUGACAGAGUGAACUCGUUACUCGAGCUACAAAUUUUGUCCAAAGAUCUAAAAGUGGUAAUUGAUAGAAAAAAAAAAAAAUCUACGAGGUGAAAAGACCGAAGAAACUGUACCUGAUAUAUCGUAAAAGUUUAUUUUAAGGAUUUUUUACUAUAAUUAAAACGAGCUCGUAUUUUAUACAGAUUCAAAUUUAACAUAAAUUGAUCGAUUCAGUGUGUUAAUGAUCUGAUGUCAAACAGAUACAUCAAGUUAGAGAAAUAAAAAGACACACCAAAAGAUACCAAGCAUCAGUAGCCAGCACUUAAUAUGAUGGCUUCAACACUUCCUGAACAAUAUUUAUGUACAAUAUAAAAUUUGAAAGAUAUUCAAUUUUCUUUACUAAGUGUCACCCUUUUGUUUGAUUAAUCAACAUUAUGCGAAAGAGAAUAGUGGUAAAAAGAGAUGCAUUAAAAAAGUAGUAAUAUAAGCAAAUGAUCUUUGGACCUUAAAAAUUAUCCCUUUCAAUAGCACUAACGCUUAAGAUUUACUUUACUAUGCAUCAGGUGACUCGACAGUGUUUAUUAAAUAACUUCAUAUAUACACAUUUGUAUAGGAUCAAAUUAGAUAAAAAUUGUGAAUGGUAUGCAUUAUUCGAUGUAUCGUCGUUUUAAACUACCAUUUAAUACACCUAUUGACGUAUGAACACAGUUUCACUAAGAGAGUAAGUCUUAUGUCGAAUUAAAUUGAACUAAAUUAUUCCGCUCUAAUAAGAUCUGAUCGACAGAAAUUAUUAAAUGCUGUCUAUCACAAACUACAUUGAGCUCUCGGUGAAAACACGGUUUCAUUUUCAAUGAAAAUAAAAGAAAUUCAUUAGACUGAUCCAUUGAAGUAUUUGUAUAGUCACUGAAAAAGAGACUACUCGAAGUGAAAUUUAAAAGAAUAAAAAUUUAAAAUAGAAUUCGGAACUAUAUGGUGAAAAUGUACGAAGCAAGGAAACGUAAUCUUGUACAUGGAAUGUUCGUAACAAAAGAACGAAAAAAGUAUUGAAAUGGAAGAACGGUACUACUACUGAAAUUACGAAAUGAAUCGGUAAUUAUAUUACGAAUCUUAUGUGUAUGAAUUAUCUUUUUCUUUUCUUUACAUUCACUGAUAAUUUAAUAUUACAUUAACAACUGCGUACUGUUCAUAUUGUUACCGUGUCCACGUUUAUGUAAGACCUAACAAUACUUUGUACAAGUUUUAUGAUACAAAUAUAUUACGACAAUUCAGUUUAUAUACCAUA